AUGAGACGAGGCUCGAUAGUUGGUGUUAACGGGUCUUUGGCGGAUAUUACGUCGAACCUGGCUAUUAAACAGCCGUUGAAAGAACUGGCGUCCACAAAACCAGUGUUGUAUCAGCAUGUUUCGGCGACGUCGCCAGCAACUCUUCUUGUGGCGGAUUCGUCGAAAAAGUCGCGAUCGCAUUCGGCAAACAGAUAUACUGUGAUCAAUGUUGACGAGUCAAGGUCGUGGACGGUUGGCCAGAGAAACGCUAUUUUGGGAUGGAACUCGGCGUUUGUUAAAGUCGAGGCCAAGAAAACCGGGCUGGGAUCCAUGUGGAAACACUGGGGAAAUGUCAGUGUGUCCGGUACAGGACAAUUGGUGCUGGUGGGAGAUGGAGAUCUGUUUCAAAUCGAUGUUGGAGCUGGAGAGGACGUUCUACUGAAUCCCAGUAAUGUAAUUGCAUAUACCGACUCUGUUGAAGGAGGUGAGGGGACAAUUACUCGACUGCCUCAUUUGAAAAGCUAUAUCGAGCUUCCUACUGUUGUUACAGACUGGCUCGAGGGACAUAAACUGAUUAAGUCCGCGUCCUCGUGGCUCAAAACACUCACAACUCGACUCCUGUGGCGAGACGACAUCAGUCUCAAACUCAAGGGACCCCGUAGAGUCAUCCUCCAAACCGAGGGAACCAGUCUCGACGAGCUGUUCACUAAAACUGAGCUCAUGACCAGGAUCGCUAAUAAAUAG